AUGUCAAGGCUUCAGUUCCUCGAUUUGACUGAUGCCACAGAAAAUGAUCAGUCAUUCAUAGAACGAGUUCUCUUUUCAAAUAAUCAAGUGUUGGAAGUGCCUUGGAACACUAGGCAUGCUAAGGAAUCUGAAGUUGAAGUUGAACAAGAAUGGACCAAUGUUUCCUACACUAAUGAAUUUGAGCGAGAUCAAGACUUGCAAACACAUAAUCAAGUCCAAGAGCCUCUUAGUGACAAUGAGCAAUGCAGGGAAGAAGUGCAAAAUGAAGGAAAUCAUCAGGAGCACUCAGAUCAAAUUCCUCAACAAGAGCAUGUUCCUCGCCAAGGAGGUAUCUUUCCUGGCCACCCACCAACAUCGAUGCCUCACCAACCUCAGAUGUAUCAAAUGCUGCCUUCUCUUUCUAAUGUAUACGUUUCCAACGUAACUGCUAACGUGAACGUUCAUGCUCCUUAUGUUCAGCCCAUUCCUGCACCUUACGGUCACCAAGUUCCCCCUCAGCAACAGCAGCCGCCACAACAAAUGUUUUCUCACGGUCCACCUGAAGGAAGUGAUCAAGGUAAUCGUAGUCGUCGACAGCGUCAAAAAGCCGAAAAAAAGCGAGAGGGGCCUUUUGUUCAAUCGAACGAAGUAAUAUCACCUUCUUUAGAUGGUCAUCCUCCUCCUCAAUUUCCCAAUAUUCCUCCCAUGCCGCCUUAUUACUUGCCCGGGGCACCUGGGGCGCCUGUGUAUAUGCAACAUGCAAUUUUACCCGUGUAUCCUUCCCCCUUAUUUACCCCAUAUAGUCAUACCCCAGGACCAAUGGUCUAUCCACAAACAAAUAACAUUGAACACGGUUCUGAAGAUUACAAUGGUAAUGUACAACAAAGUUUCUCUCAAGAAAAUUCGGAAAUGAUUGUGGUUGGGUGUGAGAUUCGCUCGGAAAAUUCGUCCGAUCAAAGAAGAGGGGUGGAAGAAAACGGAAACAAUUAUAACAUUGAAGAAUUAUCUGAACAAGCUAUUCCAGAGGUGACAGGCUUUAAAUCAGGUUCAGAAAACUCUCAAUUUCACGAAGAAAGUGCUGAUGGACAAUUAGAUCAGACUUUUGUAUCUCAACAAAAUAGUGGAUCUUAUGAUAAUUCAUCCAAAAGAGAUUUAAGUGGUAACAUAUUUGAAAAAAAAGAAAAAGAAGUAGAAAGCGAUGUAGAUAAUGUAAAACAAAUUACUUUCGGAGAUCAAACUGCUCAUUUAAUUAGUACCUCUAAUGAAGACCCCAACAAUUUGCCUCCUGAUGUUUUAAAUAAAAGUACCACAUCGAAAAAGAAAACUAAUGGUGAACUUGAUGUAAAUAAUGUGGAUAAAGUUAGUGUAAAUAGCAAUUCCAGUGCAACUGCUUGGGCGAAUGACGGACAUUCAUCAGUGCUUCAUUCGGGCACGAAUAACGUAAAACUUUUCAGCAGUGCUAGUGCGCAAGUGGUUAAAGCUCAAGAAAGUUUAGUGCCAGCUUCUCAACAGAGUAGUGAAUUCCCUCUUAUCCGACAAGGCACCAAAUCUACACGUUUUGCAUUAGCAGCAGUUGAACCAGAACCUGCAUCUAAUCAAAUCAAUUCAUCAUCCGGAGGAAAAAGUUGGGCUAGUCUUUUUAAUAAGCAAGAGCAAUUAAAUUCAAACUCCGGAUCAGAUGUAAAAGGACGUCCACUAGCGCGAGUUUUACCGUAUGAAGUUGACACUCCCAGUACUGGUCUCUCUUCCGCAGGACCGUCUUCUACAAUUGUGCCUUCUGCCUCGGUCAAAGUUAGUAAACUAGGAGGAGUCACAAGUAAUGGUCCUCUUACUCAAGAAACAGUUACAUCUUCAGAUCUUUACGAACUGGAACAUAAAAUAAUUAGUCUUCAACCUCGGGGAUUGACAAAUCGAAGUAAUUGGUGCUAUGUAAAUGCCGUUCUUCAAUCUCUCAUAGCUUGCCCUCCAUUCUACAAUUUAUUGAAAGCAUUACCGGUUACACCUAACAAAAAGGGAAAUAAGCAAACUUUAAUUGUAGAUGCUUUGGUGGAGUACGCCAAUGAAUUUAGUCCAAUACCUGCCAAUGCUAGAAUUGGAAAGCGGGAAAAGUCAGCUCGAAACAAAGACGAAAAUAAUAUUGUUGAAAUAGUUACAGGACCUGCAUUUGAACCUUCUGGCAUAUAUAAAAUUUUAGAUAAGGUGCGAGGAGGAAGUAGUUUCAAUGUUGAGGGUAGACAAGAAGACGCAGAAGAGUUUUUGUCUUGUCUGCUCAAUGGACUUAACGACGAAAUGUUUGAGCUUAUGAAAAUGGUUGGAAUCAACAGGCUUGAUUUGGCUAAUGGAGAUGCUCACGAUUCUUUGGGUGGAAACAUUGAUGAUGAUGAUUCUGAAUGGAACGUGAUGGGACCCAAAAAUAAAAGUUCAAUCACUCGUCGAGCUGUAUGUGGCAAGACACCUGUAUCGGAUAUUUUUCGAGGGCAGUUUAGGUCAAGAGUUCAACGUGCUGGAGAACAAUCGACUGAUACGGUUCAACCAUUUUUUACCCUUCAAUUAGACAUUGAAAAAGCCAAUUCAGUAAAAGACGCUUUAGAACUUUUUAUGGGAAAAGAUCCUUUGGAAGGAGUUACUUGUUCAAAAACUCAUCAAGAGGUUGAGGCGUGGACACAAACAACUUUAGAGGAUCUUCCACUUGUUUUAAUACUUCAUCUCAAAUGCUAUGAUUACAAAUCCGAUGCCUGCUCAAAGAUUAUUAAAAAUUUUGAUUUCCAAGUAGACUUGAGAAUUGAUGCCAAGUUAUUAUCAAAUAGAAAUAAAUAUACAGGAAAGGAAAGAAAUUAUAAAUUAGUUGCAGUUGUUUAUCAUGAUGGAAAAGAAGCUAGUAAAGGUCAUUACGUAACCGAUGCUUAUCAUGUUGGAUAUGGGUGUUGGUUGAGGUACGAUGAUGUUAUUGUUCGUUCAGUUCCUGAAUCUCACGUGCUUAAACCACGUGCCCCGAGAGUCCCUUAUUUAUUAUAUUAUCGUCGAGCAGAUACAAUUGGUCCGACAAAAUAA